AUGGAAGGAUGCUAUUCGCCACAAGCACGCAAUACAGUACACCGCCAUCGCGAACGAGCCAAGUACGACUUCAAGACGGUCCAUUCCAUCGUGAACGCGUCACCCAUUCUCCACGUUUCCUUUCUGCCUACGCACCCAGAUGAUGACCCAUUUCCAACUACCCUUCCUAUGAUUGGUUACAUGGGCUCAUUUGAUGGCCCAUCUACGGGGGCCCUCGAUGUAUAUCUUCAUGGCCACAGUGCCUCGCGUGUCAUGCGCCUAGCUGGCAAUCAUAAAUCGGAAGGAAUCCCUGUCUGCAUCGCCGCGACCCUGCUUGACGGUAUCAAGCUCUCGUUAACGCCCUUCAACAAUAGCUGCAACUACCGCAGUGUUGUGUUGCACGGCUAUGCCACUGUUGUUACGGCUGAAGAAGAGAAAGAAUGGGCUCUUCGUCUUAUUACGGACGGCUUGGUUCCGGGGUGUUGGGACAAUUCCCGCGUGCCUCCCACGCGUGCCGAGAAUCUGAGCACGUCUGUUCUUAGGGUUCACGUCGCCAGCACCAGCGCCAAGAUCAACCAGGGUGGACCUUCUGAUGACAGGAAAGACCUUCAGGACGACGAGGUUACUAGCAGAGUGUGGACGGGUACACUUCCUGUCUGGGAGUCUAUUGGGACACCCAUUCCAAGCAUUACGAACAAAGUGGCCCAGGCCCCAAAGUACGUGCUUCAGUGGCGACAGAAUCGCAAUGCGGAGAACGAGUCAUACGCUCGGCAAUCCGUUGAGAAGGGUAAAUAG